UUCGAUCAGUGAGGAAAGAUGUAAUCGGUUUGAGAUGGAACGAUGAAAAUGACGUCUGUAAAAGCAAAUGUGCCUUUUGGUGAGAAGAUGGCGGUGUCUACGGUCUUGCUUUUGUUGCUGUAUGUUUGGACACUUGGGGUACAGAAAGUAAAUGGUCAACGACUCUAUUCAACUCCUACAUCUAUAUCAACAGCAAAUGUUGCCCGUUGUCCCGAAAUGAUACUUUCACCGAGCCUAAUUGAAACAGAUUUUGGGAAGAGAGCUGUGUUUACUGCGUUUUUAGAACCAAAACUGGAUCCUCCCCUUGACGCUCGAUGGCAAAGAAUUAAGAAUGACCGCAAUGAAGAUAUUAAUAGAUAUGAUGUAAAAUAUGAGGAGACUCAACAUCUUCCUUCUCCAAAACUUGCCAUUAAUGACGUCACCUUUGAUGACGUUGGAUAUUAUCAACUGCAAGUCAGGAUUUCUGGAGGCUGGUGUACUAGUAGUAGUAGAGUUCACUUACGUAAAGUAUGGGGAAUUUUACAGUAUGGUGUGAAAUGUAAUUUUGAUGGCGAAUGUGAUGAAAAACGAAAGAAUUUACAAUGCUCAAACAGCAAAUGCCUGUGUCAGUCUUCCUAUUAUCACCAGAAUCAGAUGUGUUUUGCUAAAUCCAACCUCAGAGCCGUCUUUGUAAACUACAACAUUACAACAUCUGAGAUAAAUGUGAAGUGGAGACAUCCAACCACGCACUCUGACCUGAUACAGUCCUACAGAGUCACUGUUAGAGAUAAUGGCGGAUCCACCAGAGUCAACAUCUCUGUUGGGAGACAAACCAGCUACAGCUCUGAACUCAAAUUUGACCCUGGUCAUUUGUACUACUUCAAAGUCACAUCUACUGUACAACUAACUGACCCAGUGCAAACGUUUUACACCUCAAGAGAACAAAAGCUAGUUGUAGAACCAUUCCCUCCUGGUGCUAUAAAUAGAAACGCCAGCAAUUUCCAUCCUGAAAAAGUUCAUUUAAAAUGGACAGCCCCAGGAAACAAAACACGUGUCGACCGAUACCAAAUCACAAUUGGUCGUUACACCUACUACACAAGUUCAAUUGAAAAGUCCAUUUCACAAAGAUUGGAACCCGGUUCAAAUUAUACAGUUACAAUUAUAGCAGAAAGCUCGUACGGAUAUUCCUAUGGAAGAGAAAGCAAGCCAUAUGUGGAACAAAUCAAAACACUACGUAUUCCAAAAGUCAUUAUCACCGGGAGCAGUUCCAUUUAUCCCCCAUAUCUGUCAACCCUGGAGAUUAAAGCUUCUCUACAAAAUUAUUCCGACUUUCCGCCGACGUUAGAGACAAGAUGGCAAAGGAAUGGCGUAGACAUCAACAUAACAGACAUGAGAUAUAGCGGCAGUUCUCUCGAUCUGUUUAAUCCUAAACUGGUCAUCAAUAGAGUGGAUUUCGAGCAUGAAGAUAGUGCAAGAUAUCGAUGUACAGCACAUAAUUCAGAAGGAUGGGGAACAAGCGAAGCUUACAAACGGGUGUAUGUGAAAGGGAGUAUUAAAUUUCUUGAGCCGUGUAAUAAGACCAGGGAAUGCCUUGAAAGUAGAAGUUUGACCUGCCGUAACAACAAAUGUCUGUGUGAUUCCUGGUAUUACCACAGAAACAAAGUUUGUUAUAGCAGAAGUGAUCUACGGGCACAAUCAGUUCGUGUUCAAAGUUCUACAUGUGACAUGACGAUCACAUGGCAGCCUCCCUCUAGGGACCAGGAUCUGGUGUCAGGGUACCAAGUCAUUACGUCAGAGUACCAAGUCAUUACACCAGGCAAUACGCAGUCAGAGACAGUUUCUGUUGGGAAAGAGACGGAGUACACGACACCUUGUAAACUACAACCUGGACGGCGAUAUAGAACCCACAUCCGAUCUAAAAUUCAAUUAAGCGAUCCUAAACAGGAAAUAAAUGUAGAUUCCAUUUCCUACCAUAGAAUUCUAGAGCCAUUAAAACCUGGACCAAUUUUACGAAGUUUGAGUAAUUUUUCCGCUGACAAUCUGUAUUUGAGAUGGGAGGCAUCUGGACAGAAUAGCUUUGUUAGCCGCUACAGAGUCACGAUAGGCGAUCGUAGUCAGCAAACCAUAGCCAGUGUUCCGGAGAUCGACUGGGAAGAACUCCUGCUACCCGUUACUAUGUAUAACGUCACCAUUACAGCAAUUAGUUAUGGAUAUAUAACUAACUAUCCUUCUUAUGGAACACGGGAGAGUUUACCAUCAAAUUACUGGAUAGAGACAGCAGAUAGUCAGUACACUGGAAAAGCCUACAUGUCUUAUGGAGAUGGGGAUUACGUCUUACGAGGAGAUGACGUCACAACGGGUCCCCUUAGGUCGCCCACAACAGUUUACGUCGGAGAUGGAUCGGAUGGAGGGUUUAAUUCAGUUGUUAUUGGUUCUAAUGGAGUUAUUGGACUUGGAGAAAUGUUCAACAGCAUAAAUGUAUAUGAAAUGGAUUCCAUCAAAAUGAAAGAAAAACGGAUCAUUUGUCCUUUUUGGACAGACCUGUCAUCGGGCGACACUGCUGGGAAAGUGUACUAUAACACUUAUAGAAGAGGAAUAAAGGGAGAUAAUGUAGACUCGGUGUUCAUGGAGAAAGCGGACAGUAUUGUCAAGCAACAUUUCAAGGAUCUGCAAGAUUUCAAAGCCACGUGGCUCGUGAAAGUUACGUGGGAAAAUAUGACCCUGUAUGGGAACAAACAACAGAAAGUCACAUUCCAAUGUUUCCUCAUCACGGACGGGGAAAAUACCUUUACAGUCAUCAACUACAUUGAUGUCAAUUUAAAACCAAUACACAAUCGUAAAAUUUCCAUAGGAUAUCGUUACAAACAAUUUGUUACUAAGAACUCCUUCACGAACCAGAAAGGAGCAUUCAGAAUGAGUGUAGUCCCAGGAAACAGAGGAGAGCGUGGUUUCUGGAUUUACAAAAUGACAGAAGGAGUAGAAUUGAAGAGAGAUGAAAAAGAAUGUUUGUUAUGGUACUCUUAUAAUAUAGAACAUGAAAUACAUGAUACAUUGUCACCCAUCUUAAAUGACAUUGAAUGUCCUUGUGAUCCUCGUCUACUGAGAUUUGAUCCACGUUACGUCAUCAACAGAUUUGACCGUGUGCACAGAGUGUUGUGUUAUGCUUCAAUGACCCUAGGAACAAAUGUGGAAUGUUGCUUCAAGAUGUACGCCAAUACGGAAGACUUAGGCCCUCUAGAGACUUCUCUACCACUAGCGGGAACAGUAAUACGGUAUAACCCGUUCUUUGAAAGAUACCAAUACAAUAACUAUGACUUAAAGCCCAGGGAUCAAUGUUGUAGUACAGGUCAUUGUGACUGGUAUUACGAAGUCCGCCCAACUCCACGUUGUUACUGGAGAUCGCCUUUCCAACCUGGAAUUAAUUUCGGAGAUCCUCAUAUAACUACACUGGAUGGUCUGGACUACACAUUUAAUGGAUACGGAGAAUACACCAUGAUCAGGAUGAAUACCAGUACAACGACCUUUGAACUCCAGGCUCGGACAGACUUGGCUACCACAGAAAAUGGAACUACCAUUAAUGCUACUAUAUUUAGUGCCUUUGUGGCGAAAGACCAAACGGGCUCCAAAGUACAGGUCGAGAUGUCACGAAACAAAACGGGAAUGAUAAUUCGAGUUAAUGGAGUGGACCUGACAACUAAAUUUAAAAAUACUAACUAUACAUUCCGAACACCGAACGUGUCAUUGCAGUGGGAAAAUCGCACAAUAUCAGCAACGUUUCUCAAACCCUAUAUAACUAUGAAAAUCAGUCUCGGAAAACGAUUCCUGAUUUGUGAGACACUAGUCAACAAAAAAUAUAAAGGUCUAGUGUUAGGUUUGAUGGGAAACUUUGAUGGAAACAAAACGAACGACUUCAUUCUCCCAAAUGGCACGGUUUUAACGGAUAAUGCAACUAAAACUGAGAGGGACAUCUUUUACAAAUUUGGACAUCUUUGGUCUGUCAGUGAAAAAUCUACUCUAUUCCACUAUGAUGACGGAUUAACAUACAAGAAUUUUUCACACCCUGAAUUUGUGCCACUGUUCACUGACGAAGUGGAUAAAAACCGCAUCAAGGAAGCAAAGGAGAAAUGUGGGCCCAACCCCUCUAAAGCUUGUAUCUCAGAUUAUCUUGCAACAGGAGACAUUAAGUUGGCCGAAUCUUCUGGACAUAAAGAGCAGGAUUCAAAGUCAGAUGUCGCAGUCAUCGAAAAUGAAAGUCCUCAGAUAUAUGGAAAUACCACAGUAUAUGUUGUUGUCAACAAAGAAGUGGAAAUGAGGUUCAAUGCUUCAGAUGAUGGUAAAGAAAACCCAGUGUAUAGAGUUUUAAAACAACCAGACAAUUUCAUUUUUGAUAAUGAAGCAGGAAUAGCAAGAUGGACACCUAAAAAUGCUAGCCUUUCUGAAAUCAGUAUUAUUGCUGUAGACAAUCAGGGCGCACAGUCCCCCUCUCUCGAUAUUUCCAUCAAAUUGUGUACUGGUUGUAGUGACCACGGGAUUUGUGAUUACGUCAAUGUUAUUCCUACCAAUGAUGACCGAUUUCACCUGGCAGCCUGCACCUGUAACAUCGGAUAUUCCGGAGAUGAUUGCGAGAUUGAGACAGACGCCUGUCAACAGAGUCCCUGUCCUCUGGGUAGGGACUGUACUGACCUGUCCCCUGAGGAAGAGGUCAGACUGGGCCGCGGAUACAACUGUUCCGAAUGCCCCAAUGGAUAUAAAGAUGUCGACAAUAAAUGUGAAGAUAUUGAUGAGUGUAUAUCGACUAGAAGUAAUCCUUGUGAUGCUACCAAAGAAACUUGUGAAAACACAGACGGCAGUUACAUUUGCAACUGUUUAAAAGGAUACAGAAAACUGGAUGAUACUUGCAAUGAUAUAAAUGAGUGCAUAGAAGGAACCUCAGGAUGUCAACAAAUUUGUAAAAAUACUCCGGGGUCAUUUAGUUGUUUGUGUCAUCCAGGAUUCAGUCUAAAUGAAGAUAAAUCUACUUGUGAUAAAACAGGUGAUGAUCUCUGUAGAGAUUUUGAGAAGGAAUGUGAGUAUGCUUGCAGCACUAUAGACGGAACCACCCAGUGUAUAUGUCCAUCUGGAUACCAGCUCACAAAUAAUGAGAUAAACUGCACAUAUAUUGAUGAAUGUGCACUAGAUACUUCUCCUUGCGAUCAAGAAUGCCUGAACAUGAACGGGUCAUUUCAAUGUGCCUGCCGUCCUGGUUAUAAUCUAGGCGCUGAUAAAACUUCCUGCUCGGUGUGUGAGCUACCAAACUUCGGUGACAAUUGUAACCAGGUGUGUGAGUGCGGUCCAGGUGUAGACAGAUGUGACCCUGUUAAAGGAUGUGUCUGUCUCCCGGGAUGGACCGGGAAAAACUGCAGUGUGGACAUUGAUGAAUGCCAACUAAAACCAACUAUAUGUGGUAGCAAUAAACUCUGCAAGAACACUGAUGGUUCUUACCGAUGUGAUUGUGAUAAGGGUUUCCAGGUGAAUGAUGAUAUGUGUAAAGAUAUUAAUGAGUGUGACGAUGCAUCACUGAACGACUGUCCGGUGGACACUACACAGUGUACGAACACGUUCGGUAACUAUACCUGUGAAUGUAAGGAAGGAUAUCAAAGAGGGAAAUCUGUCUGUGAAGACAUUGAUGAAUGCAAGACUCCUAUUCACGGAUGCUCCCAGAAAUGUGAAAACGCCGAUGGUGGAUACAGUUGCCUGUGCUUCUUCGGAUUUACACUUAAGGAUGACCGAAAAACGUGUGAAAAGACUCGAGAUUCUUGUUCCUUGUUUCCGGAAUUAAACUGUUCCUACGGUUGUAAACAAGUCGCACAUGACGAUCAGGGUGGGAUUUGUUUUUGUGAGACAGGAUACAAACUUGCAGAGGACGGCAAAACAUGCAAAGACAUUGACGAAUGUGGUGAAGACAGUGGCACUUGCGAACAUAAUUGUACAAAUGAAAAUGGGUCCUUUACCUGUGGUUGCGCCAUUGGUUACUCAUUACAAAAUGACGGGAGAUCCUGUAAAGAGUGUAGUCAGUAUUUCUACGGUGAGAACUGUGAGAUACCGUGUAAAUGUGGACGAGGUGCCAGUGGUUGUCAUCAUGUGAAUGGUUGUGUCUGUAAGCCCGGAUGGAGAGGUGAAACAUGUGAAGUGGAUAUCGACGAUUGUAAAAGUAACCCGUGUGAUGGGGAUCACUUGAUCUGUCUAAACACCCCCGGAUCAUUCCGGUGUCAAUGCAUCACAGGGUUCCAGAAUUCCACUGGCAUCUGCCAAGAUAUCGACGAAUGUCAGGAUCCUCUAGCUUGUCACCAGAAAUGUACAAACUUCGACGGAAAUUACACCUGCAGCUGUAAAGAUGGAUAUGAACUUAUAAAUACGAAGGAUUGUAGAGAUAUAGAUGAAUGUAAAACUGCAGAGUGUCACCAAUGUUCCAAUCGACCGGGAGGCUUUACAUGUUCAUGUUACGAAGGCUAUCGACUGAACUCAACGACACAAGACAAGUGUUAUAAUAUUGAUGAAUGCGUGGAAAAUAUUGACAACUGUUCCCAAAAUGCCAACUGCACUGAUACUGUUGGAAGUUUUAAUUGCAACUGUUUCAGGGGAUUUAAGGGCGAUGGAUACGACUGUACAGCUUGUAAAGACUUUACCUUUGGGGAACAGUGUUCUGACAGAUGCACGUGUGAUGUCAACAACACCGAAGAAUGCGAUGCUGUAUCCGGUAAAUGUCGAUGUAAGAUCGGAUGGAGGGGGACUAAUUGUUCGGAGGAUGUGGAUGAGUGCAAGAACACAACCAAGUGUAACACUAACUUACAUCAGAUAUGUGUCAAUACACCAGGUUCCUCCAAUUGUGAAUGUCGUUAUGGCGGGCUAAACCUUUCUAACUGUGUUCGUCCAACGUCGCCACACAAACCAAAUAAAACUGACGUUAAAGUACGGAUCGAAAUCAGAUUCGAUUUUAACAUACCUAAGAAGGAAUUUCUACAAGACAGUGAAAAAUGGCGUGCAGAAUUCGAAAAUUCGCUGGCAAAAUUCUACAAAAAGAGUGUUGGAAGAUUUUCCGCAGUAUUUGUCCUGUCUAUUCGCUUUGGGAGUAUUAUUACUGAUGUAGAAAUUCAUGGAACCAAAACCGAUACGAACGAUCUACAAAAAGGUGUGGCUCUCAGUGGAACGAAAAUGGUUAUAGGUAAAACAAAACUUUCUGUUGGUGACCGCAACGUAAAUGUACUAGAAAUUGUACGAAAGCACGACAAUGGAACAUAUGGGACACCUGUAACAACUGAGUCCUCACCAUGUGCUUUGUUUGAAAUUUUAAAUGCUUGUAUGUCUGGGGAGAAAUGCCACUCUUCUGCGGGCAUACCAAAAUGUGUAAAAGAGAAAUCCGAAUUGUCAGAUUGGUGGACAUUAAUUGUCGUCCUGGGAGUGAGCAUACCUUUAUUGAUAACAGCCAUCGUUCUGAUCAUUAUAUGCAGAUGCUACCAACAGAGUCCCAAGAGGAAAGAAAUUAAAAAGGAACUAGACAACGCUGACAUUAGACAGCGAAUGGCUGGAGAGUUUAAGGGAAAGGACUCGUAUUCACAGCACACUACGAAAUAUAACCAAAGAGAAUACCAAGAAUUGCGUGAUGUUUCCUUUCCAAAGAAAUCAGUAAAUGGGAAAAGGGAGGAAGGUUGUAGUAAUCCGAAUUACACAUGGGAUUCCCUCCACGAGAAACUUCAACAAAACGAACAGUUUAACAUCAAACGCCCCACAUUCAACCCCAACACAAAACACCAAUAUUGAUUGGACAGAAGAUCAAAUGUGAAGAUGUCGGAUACUGAGUGACGAAAAAUGACAUUUAUAACAUGUAUGAUUUGCCUUUGUUGUUUAACUUUUAUAGAUGCAGGUAUGUUUUAUUCAGCAUGUAAGCAAGAUGCAUAAUGUCUUGCAUUGCCUGUUAAAAAAAUUGCAAAAUAAUAAUAAUAUUAAUUAAUGAUAUAUUUAACAUUGCUGAUGAAUGCUUUUAGUUGCUUGAGAAAUGAACAUUCAUUAUGUCAAUCAAAAUUCAGUGGCAUAUAUAGAUUGCUGAUAAGUUUAUAAGUCAAUUUAAGUAAUGAAAUUUUUUAAAAAAUAACCGAGGUGUUUUUGUUUUAUAUUUCAUCGUAAUUCAUUUACACAGACAUGUAUCUAGAGGGUUUUCUAUAAUCAUUAUAGUAGCAUAUCAUAUGCAAUAUUGGUUACAUUUUUCUCAUUUAUUAUCAAAAUAUUCAUAAUUUUCUUUUGAUUUAUUAGAACGAAUCUUUAUUUAAAUGACGAAGCGAUAUAAUUUGCUCAUUAAAAGUCUUUUGAAA